CUCUAUCCCGAUCGACAUGGAAGCCACACCGCGCGGCGGUCGAUGCGGGUACGCGCUAAUUUUGUGCUCGGUGCUUCUAUCUUGCGCUGCAAGACAGGCGUCAGCGUUUAUCCCCUCUCCGCCGGCGAGGCAGCGCUUCCAUUCCACCGCACCAACCACCACCACACGAAGCGUCAUCGUCAACAACCGCCGCUCCCGAUCACGGCGCCCCGCGGCGGCCGCUGCGUCUAGCGAGGGCGUUUCCACGGCUCAAGAGGACGGUGUCAGCGCGAGGCACAACGAGGCAACAACACCGGCCGCAGCUACCGUAGUGGAAGCAACCUCCGUUAAGGCUGGUGUCCCGGAGGCUGCGGCAGCGGUAGAGGCACCGCCGCCGCCGCCGCCGCCGCCGCCGCCGUCGUAUCGCCGGCUGUACGACGCGGCCAUGGGCUUGCUCGAGAGCGAGAUCGGGCUCGAACCCUACCCGAUCCCGGAAGGCUUGGAGGGGAACUGUGCCGUGGUAGGAAAGGGGCGCAAUUUGCAGACCGUGGAGACAAGCAUCACAGCGUUCCGGUCAAAAAAGUUCCGACAGGUUCGGGCAGCCUUGGUGGAGACGGACCACGCUACCCAAGUGCUAAACCUCGUCAUGUUCCCGAGCCCCAGCUACGACUUGCCCAUCUUCGGAGCGGACCUCGUGACACUUCCGGGGGUGCAUCUGAUCUGCAUAGACCUGCAGCCUGCACACCCGGCUCAGCAACUAGACGCGAAGGCCGAUGAAGCCAUGCACGAAGCCUACAAGCGGCAUGUGGAGGCGUUGCCUUGGGGGGGUGACCUUCCCGAAGCGGCGCAAAAGUUCUUCUCUCCGCACUGCCUCUGGGCGAAGCUGGAUCCGAAGGAGGCGGUGGAGCAGAAAGCCCUGGACGCUAUGAUGGACUAUCUUCGAGAGUACCUCCGUCUUGUUGAGGACGCUGAGCCGGUGGAGGGGGACGGCCCGCUAGCGGAAAUAUCCUCGGGCCACGCCGAGUACAGCAAGUACAGGCGAGAAAACGACCCUGCAAGAGGGAUGCUGACCCGUUUCUAUGGCGCAGAGUGGACUGAGGCCGCGAUCGCGGGGAUCCUUUUCGAUUUCGACAAGCAGUUUCCACGCGAGUAAGGAAAAGUUGAAAAAUACAGCUUAGAAUCUGGGUGUAGAAGUUUGUUUGAAUUAACGUGGUUCAAUUAUUCGACACCCCCUGUGGGUGAGCUUGCAUGGUGAAUAGAUGUUGUGUCUGCUGUGACUUAAUUGUCUACCGAGUUCUCCCCUUGGCCCUCUUUUAUUCCUUAGCCAUAAACUCAGGGAGACCGGACCAAGCAUCGGAGUAACAUCGGACUAUCCGGCCGGGUCCCAAUUGGGUCCUGCCCCUGAGAGAAAAUAUUUGAGGGUGGUGAAUGUUAAGAAGGGUCCGACUACCAAGGUAUUCACCAUUUGACGUUUACCGUUAUCAGUGCACCUCGACAAUGGCUCAUGGGAAGUACAAGCAACGCGGGAUUGGUUUUUAUGUUUGUCAGAAGUAAGGCCGACAUUGAUAUCGCUCGCGAGGCUGGGAGCUACUAAGGCGGGGCCGAGUUGCUGACCGUUGACCAAACGGAGAGCGUAGUUUGCUGUGUGUGAGUUUGUUCCGUCUGUUCUGGCGCUACACUCCCGGUGUAUAUGUUUGACCCGUCAGCCGGGGUCACAGGUGGUUGACUAAGUUUGUUUCGUCGCGAGAUUGGUUUAGGGCCACCCUUGUCAACGGGAAGUUCGAAUCAAAAACCAAAAUCGAGUUGGCUGUAACAUUGCAGGUGGGGUUGCAUCGAAAAUCGAAAUAGGGCGAAAACAACAGAGGUGUGAAAAUCACCGGAAAAUGCCCAUUGCAAUGACUCAAACGAUUACCAUCGGAGCCACAGGGCAUCCCAGACAGCGAACGAUAGUUUCGGGUUUCGGCCAUGAUCAAGUGGGUAGGGAGAUCUCGGUCUCGCAUCGAUACGCUGCGAACUCAAGGAGAAGUAUGUGAUCGGAUGCCCCGACCUGGCGUAGGAAAGCCAAUACUGUACCGGGCCGUUGACAACGAAUUACAUGUCGGUGACCCUCCCCAA